AUGACGAAAAACCCCUACAAAAUAAAUCAAAUCGAAAUUGAUCCGUCUAAAUUAUUCACCUGUGAAAUCACCCCAAAACAAUUUGACGAAAUAAAGAAAACAUUACGAAGUUUCUUAACCAAUGACAACGGAGGUGAAUAUGUGAAAACUCGAUGGACUAACCUAUCCAACGAUUUCCUCUUCGCCAAGAUCGAUUUCAGACUUGGGGUGAAUCCUGAAUUGCAAAGUCUUGUUGGUCAAUCGAUGAAUUAUAUCGAGAUUGCCAAUGACAAGAAUUUCGCUGACGUGUUUGGAGAUACUGAGAUGUAUUUAAGUAUGAUAGGAUUAAUCAAAAGACUUGAAUCGAUGACGAAAGGGAGAUAUUUCAAGAUUACGUCACAUACUUAUAAACUUUCGAAAUUUUGUGGAAGAUAUGAUGAGACUCAACCAAAGUUGGAAUCUCAAUUCCAUGGGGAAUAUCCUGCUUCUGGGGCACCUCCUGCCAAGAGAAGACAUACGGGGACUGAUUUGUUGUUUGGUCAUAAUAAAGUGGCAUCAGAUUCACAACUUCCUCUAUUCACCCAACCUCCACCACCACCACCACCUCCAGUAUCAGCCCCACCGGCGUUCCAAUCACCAUUAUCGCCAAUCCCAGCCAGUCAAAUCACAAACACCACCACCGACUCAGACACCCAAUAUUCCACCCCACAACUCCAAGUCCCCAAAACUCUCUUACCCCAACCAUCACAACACCCACCAACCACCAGCACCCAAGAAGAACAAGAAGCCGACACUUCCAGCAAUACAACAUUCGUCGCAUCCUCGCAAUGGUCACUCACGACCUCGCAGGCCAUUCUCACCCGCACCACCAUCAAAAACCUCUGCCUCUCAGAAUCCACCCCGGGGAAGAUAUUUCAAUUCGACGGGAAGAUAAUUGGAUCCAUCCCAAACACGGGGAUGAUUGUGAUUAAACCAUAUUUGAGGACUAUGAAACUUGCCCCGAUUAAAUUUGUCGUGAGUGAUGAUGAUACUGACGGAACGAGUUGUAGAGUAUUGGUUGAAUUACGGAGUGAGGAGGAGUUAUGUAGGUUUGUGGGUGUGAGAGAGGUGGAGGAGGUGUAUGAUAUAUUGGGGGAUUUAGAGAGGGGGUUGGAUGAUUUGAUGGGGAGAUGGGAUAGGUUUAGGAAGAUUAGAGUUAAGAAAUGUUUUGAAGGGGAGGAAGAAGAUGAUAUGAAAGUUUGGUAUUGGGGGUUGGAAUCUACUCUUGAUGAUCUUCUUCAGAAUAGAUAG